ACAAAUAUGUGGAAUUUGACUUCCUUAUCAAUGGGCAGUUCUUGCGAAUGCCACUGGUCACGCACAUGGAAAUGGAAAAUAUCUCCACAGAAGAAGUGGUGGAAAUAGAGUAUGUGGAGAAAUACAUGGCCCCUCAGCCAGAGGAAUGCAUCUUCCACGAUGACUGGAUCAGUUCAGUUCAAGCCACUGAAGAAUGGAUAUUAACUGGCUGCUAUGAUCAGACUGCUCGAAUCUGGUCUUUGGAAGGAAAGUCCAUCAUGACAAUAGCUGGGCAUACAGAAGUAGUGAAGGAUGUGGCAUGGGUGAAGCAAGAUAGUUUAUCAUGCCUAUUACUCAGUGCUUCUAUGGACCAAACUGUGCUGCUGUGGGAGUGGAACGUGGAGAAAAACAAAGUGAAAGCCCUUCAUUGCUGCAGGGGACAUGCUGGGAGUGUAGACUCUAUAGCUGUUGAUUGCACGAGAACUAAAUUCUGCAGUGGAUCCUGGGAUAAGAUGUUAAAGAUCUGGUCUGCAGUACCUACGGAUGAAGAGGAUGAAAUGGAGGAAGCAGCUAACAGACCACGGAAGAAGCAGAAAACUGAACAGCUGGGGCUAACAAGGACUCCCCUGGCAACUCUCUCAGGCCACACAGAAGCUGUCUCCUCUGUGCUGUGGAUAGAUGCUGAAGAAAUUUGCAGUGCUUCAUGGGACCACACCAUUAAACUCUGGGACGCUGAGACUGGAGAUCUCAAAUCAACCCUGACAGGAAACAAAGUGUUUAAUUCUGUUUCCUACUCACCCCUGUGUCGACGCCUCGCAUCCGGGAGCACUGACAGGCAUAUUAGACUGUGGGAUCCUCGCAGCAAAGAUGGCUCCUUGGUUCUGCUGUCUCUGACAUCUCACACAGGCUGGGUGACAUCUGUGAAGUGGUCACCUACCCAUGAGCAUCAGCUGAUCUCUGGUUCUCUGGACAACAUUGUGAAGCUCUGGGACACAAGGAGUUGCAAAGCUCCUCUGUAUGACUUGGCUGCUCAUGAAGACAAGGUUUUGUGUGUGGACUGGACAGAAGGAGGGUUACUAUUGAGUGGAGGUGCAGACAACAAACUGUAUUGCUACAGAUACCCAACCACCACCUCUGAUGUUGGAGCAUGAAGGUCAACAGCCAGAAGACUUAAAAAAAGUUGAAAAGGUUUUGCAGGAGUUGUUCUCUCUGAAGAAAGGAGCUUUUUGUUGCUCAGAGCACUGUUGUUCCUGGUUUUUCUAUUGGUAACCUAUGUCCAUAUUUAUCACAGAAAAGUGGCCACGAGCAGUUACAAAUGUGAUUAG